AUGAAAACAUACGGUAUUCUCUUUGCUGCAGCUUGCGCUUCUGUUUUGCAAGGUACUUUGGGCUCCACAGUCGAACCUUCUGCUGAUAUCAACCUUGUUGAAAGACAAGCACCAACUCCCCCUACUCCCCCUACUCCUCCCACUCCUCCCGGAUUCGGUUUCCCUGGCUACCCUGGCUAUCCUGGUUUCUACGGCUUCCCUGGAAUUCCUGCUACUCCCCCCACUCCUCCUACUCCUCCCACUCCGCCUGGAGGAUGGCCUUGGUUUGGUUGGCCUUUCAGCUACAGAUACUAA